AUGCGUUCCAUCAUCUUCCUGUCUCUCAGCGCCCUCGCGGCCAUCGCAGUUGCAGCUACCAAUACGAAUCCUUUCAACAUCCCUGCCAGUGGUUACCAGUUCACGGCUGGUGAACCCACUACUCUGUCCUGGGAUCCUACCACCAGUGGAACCGUCACUCUCAAGCUUCAAUGGGGCGACGUUUUCACUGCUAGCUCUGGCUCAACCAUUGUCUCAAGCAUUCCCAAUUCCGGAAGCUACACCUGGAAUGUUCCUUCUGACAUUGCUGCUCGGCCUGAUUACACCGUUGAGAUCGUUUCCGAUGAGGACACCUCCGAAACCAACUACUUGACCCGUUUCACAGUUGCAGGAGCUACUGGUAUCGCGUCGAGCUCCACGGCUACUGCCACUACCACUAAGACCGCCUCUACCACGUCUAUCACGACCACUACUAGCGGAACUCCUUCCAUGACCACUGUGACCUCGACCACUGCUUCUCCCUCCAGCAGCCCUUCGACCACCAGCAGCCCGUCUACCACUGAAACUUCGACGACUACCACCCGGGCUUCUCACACGAGCUCCGCCACUACCUCGGCUACUUCGGUCCCCAACGCCAAUGGAGGUGUCAUCAACCGGAUCUCCGGUGGCAUGAUGGCACUCGUCAUGGGUGUGAUUGCAUUCAUGUAA